UCUGGGUUUCGAUACUCUUUUGAUGACAAAAAUCACCAUCUAUAUGUUAUCAAAAAAAAAAAAAAAAAUCACCAUCUAUAUUUCUCAGCUUAACUUCCUAGACAUACUCCACAUUCUUAGCAGAGUUUUGAGUUUCCAUAUUAUGAGAUUUCUCUGUGGCCUGUGAACCAUGCUGGAAUUUGUCAAUGGUUGCAGCAACUUGUUUGUGUGCAUGAUAAUAUUAUGAUAAAGAUGGUGGAUAUGACGAUGUUGAUGGUGGUAGAUUAGCAGAGGGCCAAUUCCACUUGUAACUGGAUAUCUCUAGCUGAUGUAAUUACUAGAACACAUUACCAUGGAUUAGUGAGAAUCAAGGACUCAAGGGCCAGAAUUAUUUUUGUUAGGUGUUCUUGUAGUUUGGUAGAGUAAAGUAGUUUUUGAGAAUCUGGCUCUUGACAUUAUCAGGUAAUGGAUUAAUGGAAUAUAACUGCUGAACCAUUGGAAUCUCCUUUCAGACUUAAGAUAAAAUAUUGUGAAAGAUAACUAACACACUCGGAGUGCACACUUUGUAAUAAUGGACGUAGCUGUUUCUCCACAAGCACAAAAGCAGAACUUGCAGACAACAGGUCGCAGAAUCGUAUGUGCUGCAUCCCAGAUAGAUCUAUGGCUUGUUGUUCGAGAAGGAUCUUUGAAAGAUGUAGAGUUGGCCUUGGGACUAUUGAAGAAGAGUGGAGGCAAUAUCAAUUUGAGGAACACUGUUGGGCUGACUCCUCUUCAUAUUGCGACUUGGAGAAACCACAUUCCCAUUGUAAGGAGGCUUCUUGCAGCUGGUGCAGAUCCUGAUGCCCGAGAUGGAGAAUCUGGAUGGAGUAGCCUUCACAGGGCUCUGCAUUUUGGACAUCUUGCUGUGGCAAGCAUCCUUCUUCAGCAUGGUGCCUCUAUGACAUUGGAGGACUCCAAAUCUCGAAUACCUGUAGAUCUCUUAUCUGGUUCUGUAUCUCAGGUUUUGGGAAAUGAAUGCAGUUCAGUGGCUACUGAGGUCUUUAGUUGGGGCAGUGGUGCAAAUUAUCAGCUUGGAACUGGAAAUGCACAUAUUCAAAAGUUGCCAUGCAAAGUUGAUUCACUUAGUGGUUCGUUCAUAAAGCUGAUUUCUGCAGCGAAGUUCCAUAGUGUGGCACUUACUGCUCGUGGAGAAGUGUAUACUUGGGGAUUUGGAAGGGGAGGUCGUCUAGGGCAUCCUGAUUUCGAUAUACACAGUGGUCAAGCUGCUGUCAUCACUCCCCGCCAGGUGACUUCUGGUCUGGGUUCCCGCAGAGUGAUGGCAAUUGCUGCAGCUAAGCAUCAUACCGUUAUAGCUACGCAGGGUGGGGAAGUGUUCACUUGGGGAUCCAAUAGAGAGGGACAGCUUGGGUACACUUCUGUUGAUACACAACCCACGCCUCGCAGAGUAUCUUCUUUAAGGACAAAAAUUGUUGAUGUUGCUGCAGCAAACAAGCACACUGCUGUAGUUUCUGAUUUAGGUGAAGUUUUUACUUGGGGUUGCAAUAGAGAGGGUCAGCUUGGUUAUGGCACCUCAAACUCAGCAUCUAAUUACACCCCACGUGUGGUUGAAUCCUUGAAGGGGAAGACUUUAACUAGUGUUUCUGCUGCAAAAUAUCAUACCAUUGUGUUAGGAUCUGAUGGAGAGGUAUACACCUGGGGUCACCGACUUGUUACUCCGAAACGUGUAGUGAUUACUAGGAACUUAAAGAAAAGUGGAAGCACUCCUUUAAAGUUUCAUCGCAUGGAACGACUUCAUGUGGUUUCUAUUGCUGCUGGAAUGGUACAUAGCAUGGCUCUUACAGACGAUGGUGCGUUAUUUUAUUGGGUCUCCUCCGAUCCUGAACUUCGAUGCCAACAGUUAUAUGCUAUAUGUGGAAGAAAUAUGGUGAGCAUAUCUGCUGGAAAGUACUGGACCGGAGCAGUUACAGCUACAGGUGAUGUUUACAGGUGGGAUGGGAAGAAAGGUAAGGAUAAGCCACCUGUUGCAACUCGGUUGCAUGGUGUGAAGAAGGCUACUUCAGUUUCAGUUGGUGAAACGCAUUUACUAUUUGUGGCUUCCCUCUAUCAUCCUGUCUACCCUCCCAACAUGAUUGAUAAUUCUCAGAAGCUCAAGUUGAAUAACAUGGAUGAAAUGGAAGAGUUAAAUGAAGACAUUUUAUUUGAGGAUGUGGAUUCCAAUAAUAUGGUAUCUACUGCACAAUUUGAUUCUUUUGGGCAGAGGUCUAUACCCAGCUUAAAAAGCCUUUGUGAAAAAGUAGCGGCUGAGUAUCUAGUGGAGCCACGGAAUGCCAUACAACUGCUUGAGAUUGCUGAUUCUCUUGGAGCAGAUGAUUUGAAAAAGUAUUGUGAGGAGAUUGUCAUGCGCAACCUUGAUUAUAUAUUUACAGUUUCAUCACAUGCUGUAGCAAGUGCCUCACUAGAUAUUCUGGCGAACCUUGAGAGGUUGUUAGACCAGAGAUCAUCCGAGCCAUGGAGUCACCGUCGGCUUCCUACUCCAACUGCUACUUUUCCUGCCAUCAUUAAUAGUGAAGAGGAUGAUAGUGAUAACGAGUUUCAAAGGACUCGUGACAAAUCCAUGAAAAUGUAUGCACUGAAAUUGGAUAAAGUCCAAAAAAUAGAUUCCUUUCUACUGCCCAAUGAUGAUCCCAAUAAAGAAAUCUCUAAAGUAGUUCGAGCUAUAAGGAAGAAGUUGCAGCAGAUUGAGAUGCUUGAAGCUAAGCAGUCUAAUGGACAUCUUCUCGAUGACCAGCAGAUUGCGAAGCUUCAAUCUAAGUCAGCACUUGAGAGCUCACUUGCAGAGCUAGGUAUUCCUGUUGAGACUUCACAGAAUAAAGAAUCGGCUUCUGUUUUACCAGAAGGGAAAAGUAGUAAGAAAGGUAAACUUUCAAAAAAACAAAGGAGAAAGAGCAGCAAAUCAAGCACUGUGCAGACGGAAAUAGAUUCUGUUUAUUCUAAAAAUGAAGUGAUUCCCAAAUCUGAGGACUUGUUGGACAUUGACAUCAUGACGGUUCCUAGCUCAAAGGUGGAAGAGGAUGCCAUGUGCGAACAGACAGCAACAGACCAGGGUGCGAAAAAUUUAGCUCUUGUUGUACUGAAGAAAGAUGCUUUAGAGUUGCUCAAAGAUAAGGGUCAGUCACCAAAGAUUUCUAAGAAGAAGAGCAAGAAGGGUGGACUUUCUAUGUUUCUGAGCGGUGCUCUUGAUGAAGCCCCGAAAGAGGUGGCUCCAGCUCCACCUCCACCGUCACCAAGAAAUGAUGGUCCUGCAUGGGGUGGGGCCAAGUUCAUAAAGGGUUCUGCUUCUCUUCGCGAAAUCCAGGAUGAACAGAGCAAAAUAAUAAAGGGAAACAAGCCAUCUGGUAGUAAAGAUAAGUUGGAAGAUCCUUCUGAUUUUGAUAGUGGGGGGAAAAUAAAGUUGUGUUCAUUUCUUCCUUCCAGCCCAAUACCAGUUGCCCCAACUCGUAGUUCCCAGGUAUCUGAUGGAGAAAUAAGUACCCCUCCUUGGGCUGCUUCAGCAACCCCUCCCCAACUCUCUCAGCCAUCUUUAAGGCACAUCCAAAUGCAACAGGGAAAGAAACAACAAAACCUUUCCCAUAGCCCAAAGACUAGAACAGCUGGAUUUACUAUUGCCGCUGGUCAAGGCUCACCAUCUGAAGCAACCGGGGUGAGCCGCUGGUUCAAGCCUGAAGUGGAAACACCGUCCUCGAUUCGAUCUAUUCAAAUAGAGGAAAAGGCUAUGAAAGAUCUCAAGCGUUUCUACAGCAGUGUUAAGAUUGUCAGAAAGCAGUCUUAAGGCCAUCUUAUGUAUUUAUAAAGGUAGCAAGAGAGGCUCUUUUCUGUUCUUCUCUACCCUGUGCCUUAUCAAUUUUUUUUCCUUACCCUUUUUCACUUUCCUUGUGGGUCCAAUGACUGUAAAUUAUUCUGUACAGAUAGUUGCAGGGUAUAUUCUUCUGUCACUUUCAAAUGAGUAGUGUAGUAGUGUCUAGCUUCUUAGCAUCCGGGUCUUUCCAUUUUCUGUCUUUCCCAACUAGCUUUGUAUAUGACCAAGUUUUUUACAUGUGUACUCAUUUUUAACUGUCUCAAGUUGGAGACUGGUCAAAAUAAUGAUCCUGAACAUGAUGUCAAUUGAUGAACUGAGCUAAGUAGCGCCCGAGGGCAGACAUGGUUACUGAUUUUUAUGACUCAAGUUACUUCAAGGCUCAAGAA